CGCCGUACAUAGCCCAGAGAAAAAGGAUUGCAGGCCAGCGGGUGUAGUGGGGGUAUGUGCGGCGUUGCAUCACCAACAAUCUGGUACGAGCAACAGAUCACGCCCGACUCGUCAAAGGAAUCGCAAGUCGAGUUCGACGGUCCCACCCCAGUCGACUGACCAUUGUUGCUGUCUUUUUCCCGGCUCCGACCCGUCCCUCCCCGACCAAACUCGCCUGGGUGAAUCCAACAUCCCGCCGUGAACAUGCCUUCAUCCACAGAGACGCCGGCUUCGGCUGUCCGAGUGCUCCCUCUCACGCCCUUCACACCCGACCUCUACGAGCGCGCGUGGUGCUCCGUACCUCAUCCGACCCUCCCGCUCAUCGCGACCGCCUACGUCAAAUCGGUCAGGAUCUUUUCCCUGUCCUCCCUCUCCUCCCACAGCACUCUGACCGGCGGCCACACGCGGUCCAUCCGCUCUGUGGCCUGGAAGCCCAACCUCCCUCCCCACCAGCUGUGCCUCGUCACCGGAAGCUUCGAUUCCACCGCCGGCCUCUGGCGCUGGGACGGCGAGCUCCCCUUCGCGGGCGGCGACGCACCCUCCUCGACCGCGGAGCCCCUCGAGAUCGACCUCAGCGGCGCGGCGAAACAGCGCCCCCGCGGCGACGCGGACAGCGACGGCGACAAGGAUUGGGAGUUCACGCUCGUCCUCGAGGGCCACGACUCGGAGAUUAAGGGCGUCUCCUUCGCCCCCUCGGGCGCCUACCUCGCCACUUGCAGCAGAGACCAGACCGUUUGGGUCUGGGAGGACGUGGGCGCCACCGAGGGUGAUGACGAGUGGGAGACGGUCGCCGUCCUGAACGAGCACAACGGCGACAUGAAGGGCAUUGCGUGGUGCCCCGACGUGCCCGGCCGCAACUCACGGAGGCGCUACAGCGCCGACGUCCUCGCGAGCGCGAGCUACGACAACACGAUCCGCAUAUGGCGCGAGGACGGCGACGGCGAAUGGGUGUGCGUCGCGGUGCUCGAGGGCCACGAAGCCACCGUCUGGGGCGUGCAGUGGGAGCAGAAGCCGAGGGAUGACGGCGGCUUCCCGCGGCUGCUCAGUUAUUCGGCUGACCAGACGAUACGGAUAUGGAGCCUGCAGGCCGAGGACGAGGACGAGGACGCCGGGCCCGGCGCCGCCUUCCACGGCGGGCUGGGCGGCAUCCCCAACACGAUGCGGAGGUCGCUGCGCGAGGACUGGGUUUGCACCGCCGUCCUGCCCAAGGUCCACACCCGUGACAUCUACUCGGCCACCUGGAGCGCCACCUCGGGUAUGGUGGCCAGCACCGGGAGCGACAGCGUCAUCGCGGUCUACCGGGAGGACGACGCGCACGGCACGGGGUCCGAGGCAUCGGCGGAGACGGGGGCGACUGCUACCAACGGGGACGGUGCGGUGGCCACCCAAGGGAAGCCCAGCGAACUGCCGGCGGGGUCGGGCCGGUGGCACGUCGUCGCCGAGGUGCCCAACGCCCACGGCCCAUACGAGAUCAACCACAUCACCUGGUGCAAGCGGUACGACGCGGGGUCGGAGAAGAAGGGUGUUGAGGAGAUGCUCGUCACCACGGGGGACGAGGGGCUCGUCAAGCCUUGGCAGGUGGUGGUGUCAUGAGGAGACCGCGACGGUGUCGAGAGCACGAGGACGACCUGCAUCUAGAGGGUGACCCAAAUCAGCACCAGCAACGGAUUGCAUGCUGUCGCUCAAGGCGUCGCCGCCUAGGCCAUGGCUCCGGGCUACGACGUCUGCCAUCUGCACAACCGACUUGGCGAGCGGGAUCUGCCCAAGAUGGCCCUUGUUGACGAGCGGAGCGAGGCUGGAGUUGGCGGGAAACGGGGAGAGCCGCGCGGGCCUU